AUUGUUGUUGUUAUUGCAUUUCUUGUACAAACUUCAUUAAUAAAAAGUGGAAGGAGUCGUUUACAAUCGAUUUUUUGAUGCAAGUAGAAAGUAAAGUAAGAAAAAAUCUUUAAAUUUACAAAUUUUAAAAAAAUCUCCAUAUUUAAGAAACCAGAAUGGAUGCAUUAUUGGAUGAGAUAGAGUCUUUGGAAGCUAUUUUAAUGGACGAUGUGCUUAUAGAGCGAAAUUCAGAAAGUAUUCCAAUAUUAAUUGAAACCACGAUUUUUCCGGUUGUCGGCGAGGACUCAGAACAGCAAUAUGUAUGCGUUACUUUGCAAGUGAUACCAACUGCAGGCUAUCCGGAAGUUAGUCCCGAAUAUAAGCUAGUGCGUCCACGUGGGUUAGAUGAUACACGUAUGGCAGAAAUAAAAGCCGCAAUUGAAAGUAAACUAAAUGAGUCGAUAGGAUUCCCGGUGGUGUUUGAUUUGAUUGAAGUUGUGCGUGAACACUUGACAGGCAGCAAUUUGCCAAGUGGCCAGUGUGUGGUGUGUUUGUAUGGGUUUUGUGAUGGCGAUGAAUUUACACGCACGGAAUGCUUCCACUACUUGCAUAGUUAUUGUUUAGCACGCCAUUUGAAUGCGAUGCGUCGCAACUACCAAGAUGAAUAUAAUAAAUUACCAGCUUGGCAACAGAAAACGGCUAAACCAUUUCAAGCAUAUUGUCCAGUAUGCCGUGAAAAUAUUAAGGAUGAAACUGAUAGCUUGCACUGUGCCAUGCCACCAUCUGAUUUGCAAAAUGCUCCAGAUUUUCAACCCACCCCCGAGUUGAGAGAACUGCAACAACGAAUGUCUUCAUUAUUCGUACAUCAGAAGAGUCGUGGUGCCAUUAUAGAUUCUGAAGCUGAAGUUGGUGCUGUUUUGUCAAUUGAAACAGAAGCCGAAAUUCGUCGUCGACUAAAUCGUAAACAGCAAGAAGAAACAGCUAUUGCUGAAACUACAGAGAGUGGUGGCAAUAAUUACACUUCAAAUUUUGUUGAGCUUAGUGGUGGCAGUAGCAGUGGUUCUGCUACACCUGAAGCAGGAUCUAUAGCUGAACAACAACUACAGAAGGAUUCGAUUGGUGCAAAUAUUAAAACUGCAUUUGCACCGGUUGUUCAACAUACACAGCGCGAUGAUCCAACUAAUAACAAUUAUCAGCAUCAGAGCGGAAGUGGCAGACGUCAUCAUUUCCGUGGCGGUCGUCGUCAUCACCAUCAUCAUCACAAUCAGCACCAGUCUGAACGUGAUCGAGAACGAUUUCAACACAAUCACAUUCCCUCGGCCACAACGGCUUCCUCCUCGUCGUCAUCGACAGCUGGAGCAGCGAAUACAUCAUCUAGUCAUUCCAGUGGUUCGCAGUCAAUGCAAAUAAAUCAAAAACAAGCAAAGGCCCAUGCAGCCGGUCAUAGUCAUAACAGGUGACGAUGGCCUCUCUACAAAUAUAUAAUAUAUUUACACAAGAUGCUGCUACUGCUGCCAUUGCUGCUACCCUCCUCUCUCUAACCAUUAUUACAACUAAUUUCCUAAUAAAUUAUUAUCCUUUCGUUCCUUCUUUUUACUCAAACUUCUUUGCCUCUUUGUUAAAACAUAAUCAAUCAAUCAUUAAGAAUUAUGAAUUAAAUGACAAUAUCUAUAUUUCUUUUAUUUUUUUGUUAUUGUAUGUAUUUAUUCAAGUUAUUUUAUAAUCAGAAAUAUUUAUUUAUUAUUUAAUAUUUUUAUAUAUGUUUUACUUUACUUUAGUUUUGUUUUUAUUUUAUGUAUUUAGAAAACUAGUUUAAUUUUAAGUGAAAAUCGCACACACCGUAAUAAGACUCAUUAUUGAAUACACUCUACAAUACUACUAAAUACAACAAUUUUGAAACACUAUCUGUUUUGAAUUUUAUAUUAUUUAGAAUGAAAUAUUUAGCAAUAAUUGUAUAUGAAUAUGGACACUAUAAUUUUAAAUUAAUUUAUUUUAUUUAAAUUUCUAUUUACUGAGUAUCAGUUGUUUUGUUUUUAACUUUAUUUUUAUAAUAUCAAAAAGGUAGUCAGCACUUGAAAAGUGUAGCAUCAUCUUGUUGUCUUCGAAUUUGCAAAAUAAAAUUAAAUGAUAUUAAGUAACAACAACAUGAAACAUAAAAUAAAGUGAAUAUUAUAAAAAAGGAACAAACAUAUGGACUUGAUUUGUAUACAGGUGUUGGAAACUGUUUUGUGCUUUCAUUUUUCAUUUUUCAUCGCUUAUUCCUAAACUGAAUUUAGAUUUUAUCCCUAAAGUAGCUGAUAAUUACGUAUGAUUGAUAUUGAUGCCAUACCUGUCAUCCAAAUAGAGUAGUUUUGCACAACACAGUAUUCCUAGUCAUUUUAAAUUAUACUUAAAUAAUAAUUAUGAAUGUAUCGAGUACACAUACAUUCAUAAAUAAAUAAAAAAGAAAUAUAAUUGAUAUGCAUGUAGAGAUGACAUAAAAUAUUUGAACAUUUCAAUCAAUUAAAUACGAAAAUAUUUCCCUAAUUAAUUCUAUACUAAAUCGAUGAAUGUAGUACAUCUAAAUUAUUGUGUCAAAAUAAUAAAUACUUAAAUAUAUGAAUUAACAAA